CGCAAUCUCGCAAUGAAUAGUAUAAAUCUAAACCUCAAGUGUUCAAACCACGUGACUUCAUUUUAAUUGAUCUAAUUUUUAAUUCAAUGCUGUAUGUUUACGUUGGGUUUAAAUUGUAUAGAUACACAGUGUAGCACUAAUGGCCGAACUUAAGAGCCGCUGCCAUUCAAUAAGAUGGCGAGCGCCAGAACGGAUAUAGGCUGAUCACAUUGACUUAUUAAGUGUCAAAGAAAGGUAGUUUGUGAUUUUUAUAAUACAUACGUUUGUCGUCCGUGUUUCUUGUGAUGUUUUGGAUUUGACGCAUUGUAUGAUGUCAUGGAGACAUUGACAUUAAUCCGAUUAUAAGUGUUCUGAGGAAGCCAAGAUCGCAACCAUGGAAACGCUGCGGCGCAUUGCAGCCUCCAACAGAGCCGCCAUUCUGUCUGAGCUUGACCUUAACAAGGACAUAUUAGGGCAGCUCUCCAAAGUGGAUAUGCUCAACAUAACAGAAUGCGUUAAAUUACAGCAAACAGAAGACCAUGCCGCCAGGAACGCUCUAUUUCUGGACCUAAUCCUGACUAAGGAAAGUGAUUCGGUCUAUACAACCCUCGUAGAAUGUCUACUGCGCUCAGGACAGACAUCAACCAUGCGACUCUUAAUGGAUGUCAAAGAGGAAAUGAUUAUUCUGAGUCAAAUGCAGUCGCAGUUGCAAGAUGAGAUGAAGACAAUGGCCGUUUUUCUAUCGAGGGAGGAACGACGCGCUGGUAUUUACAUAACGGAAGCCGAGAUAGAGUCAGACAAUGAUGCGCCGGCAAUCAACGAGCAACAGGUCUGGGUGAAUGUUCAGAAGACGCUAAAACAUUCUUUUCAGCAACUAAGCAGAUGCAAAGCUGUCAUCGAGAAAUUACAUGAGGACUGCGAAACCGUUGCUAAACAAAAUACGGAUAUCGUAGAACAAACCAAAGAAUGCGACGCAAAAAUAAAAAGUGUGCUUUCAGUUGGUCGGAAAUCUGCAAAACUUAACAGCGUACCUAAAAAGACCCAGGACUUAUUCGGUAAUUUAAUGGAUGAUAUUGAACAAUUAGUUAAAACGAGACGAAAAGUGUUAGACCAAGAGACUGAAGGAAAGAGACACUCGACGAGAAUAGUUCGACAGUGCAGGGACUGGAUAGAAGGCAGAGCUGUAGCCCUUCAGAAACUAGCUGCAGUACCACCUCCAGGGACCUUCAGGAGUUUUGAUGUUCCCGGGGACGCAGAAAUGACCGUGAAGGUCAAGCGACCGGCACCACCGGCACCAAGAGCAUCUGACAACGGCAUUAUGUCCAUUUUAGAUGCGCUGAAACUACUGGAGCUUGAACUUCAAGACUACAUACACAAAGAGGUUAUUGUCACCGAUAAAUAUCGGUCCGAGUUAAGAUUUAAACAGUUACAGAGAAGAAUUCAGGGGUUUAAUAUACAUGGGAUAAGUGAUGUGGAGAGUGCGUUGGAUAACAUGGAGAAAGAACCGGAGCAUUUUCAUGACCAUUUGACACUUGUAAAAUCAUGCAUAUCAGAGAUAAACAGAGAGUAUAGUGAGUGUCUAGGCUUUCUUAACAGGGCUUGUCCAACUGUUGACAUAAAGGAUCCAGUAAAUGGUACAACUAACAAUGGCUCGUUGCCGAAAGGUGUGAAACAUGAUAGUAAGCCAGUUCCAAAAAAUUGGCCAUCAAAUUUCAAAAGUAAACAGUCUUUGGGUAGUAAAUUAAGUAGAAGCAUGGAUAACAAUUUGCAAGCAAUAGGUCGAGAGAAGACCGAACCAAAUCAAUUGUUAGAAAGAUUGAAGUCACUCGUAGCAAAACACGACGAGUUGAAGAGUGAAGAUCUCACAGUAGGAAAUAAGUACAGAGCAGAAAUGUCCAAAAAGAAGAGGGACGCGGAAAUUGUCCUGCAAAAGAAGGAUGACCAAAUAAUGAGACUACAAACUGAUAUUAAGGAAGCGGUGGCUGAAAUGGAAAAGUACAAGAAAUUAUAUAAUGAUACCAAAAUUGGGUUUCAGCGAAACCACGAAAAUCAGAAAACAAAAGCUACCGAUUAAUUUAAAUAAAAAACCACACUAUGAAUGAUGGCUUUAAUGCCAAUUAGUGUUAAUCCGUGAUAAUUAAAUGAAUGAAAAUACACAAAUAUAGUAUAUGCAAAAUAUAAAACGUAUUAAGUGUAUCAAUUGCAACAAGAGGGCAUGAAAGGCCAAAAGUCGCUCACCUGAGAUUCAAAGGAUCUGACCUGUUCUGUGCAGCCCAAGAUGUCAUUAGAACAACAUGUUCUUACCAACUUUCAUGACUAGUGAACACCCUGGCAGCCACGUUUUUCAACAGACCAGAACCAUUUUCAUACACAUCCAAGAUAUCAUUUAAACAAAUAAACUGACAAAGUUUCAUGAAGAUUCAUAAGUCCAUAUAAGGAAAAAUGCCCCGCCCACUGGUGGCCAUGUUUUUCAAGCAACUGGAACCAUUUUCGAUCUUGUCCAAAAUAUCAUUGGGACAAAUCUUCUGACGAAGUUUCAUGAUGAUCGUACAAUAAAUAUGGCUUCUAGAGUGUUAACAAGGUUUAACUAUAGCUUAUAUAUAAGGAAAAAUGCCAGGCCCCCUUGGCGGCCAUGUUUUUCCACCAACCGGAACCAUUUUCGAACUCAUCCAAGAUAUCAUUGGGGCUAAUCUUCUGACCAAAUUUCAUGAUGAUCGGACAAUAAAUGUGGCCUCUAUAGUGUUAACAAGGUUUUACUAAAGCAUGAUAUAUAGCCAUAUUAGGAAAAAUGCCCCGCCCCCUGGUGGCCAUGUUUUUAAAGCAACCGAAACCAUUUUCGAACUCAUCCAAGAUAUCAUUAGGACAAAUCUUCUGACCAAGUUUCAUGAAGAUCGGAAAAUAAAUGUGGCCUCUAGAGUGUUAACAAGGUUUUACUAUAGCCAUAUACGUAAAAAUGCCCCGCCCCCUGGCGGCCAUGUUUUUCAACCAACCAGCAUCAUUUUUGAACUCGUCCACGAUAUUAUUGGGAUGAAUAUUCUGACCAAGUUUAAAGAAGAUCGGACAAUAAAUUUGGCCUCUAGAGUGUUAACAAGAUUUUACUAUAGCCAUAUAUAGCCAUAUAGGGAAAAAUGCCCCGCCCCUUGGCAGCCAUGUUUUUCAAGCAAACGUGAUCAUUUUCGAACUCAACCAAGAUAUUAUUGAGACCAAUUUUCUGACCAAAUUUCAUGAAAAUUGGACAAUAAAUGUCGCCUCUAGAGUGUUCACAAGGUUUUACAAUAGCCAUAUUAGGAAAAAUGCCGCGCCCCUUGGCAGCCAUGUUUUUCAAACAAACGUAACCAUUUUCGAACUCAUCCAAGAUAUCAUUAAGAGCAAUCUUCUGACCAAAUUUCAUGAAGAUUAGACAAUAAAUGUGGCCUCUAGAGUGUUAACAAGGUUUUACUAUAGCCAUAUAAGGAAAACUGCCCCGCCCCCUGGCGGCCAUGUUUUUUCACCGAUCUGGACCAUUUUCGAACUCGUCCGAGAUAUCAAUGAAACCAAUGUUUUGAUCAAGUUUCAUGAUGAUUGGGCAAAAAUUGUGAUUUCUAGAGUGUUCACAAGGUUUUUCUAUAGCCAUAUAAGGAAUACUGCCCCGCCCCCUUGCGGCCAUGUUUUUCAACGGACUGAACCAUUUUUGAACUCAACCAAAACCAACAUAUCAUUUAGACAAACAUUUUGACAAAGUUACAUGAAGAUUGGCCAUCAAUUGUGACUUCUACAGUGUUCACAAGUGUUUUUUUCUUUUUUUUAACCUAGUGACCUAGUUUUUGACCCAGCAUGACCCAGUUUCGAACUCAGUCGAGGUAUCAAUGGGACAAAUGUUCUGACCAAAUUUCACGAAGAUCAGACAAUAAAUGUGGCUUCUAGAGUGUUCACAAGGCAAAAUGUUGACGACGCAUGACGGACGACGGACAAAAGGCGAUCACAAAAGAUCACCAUGAGCACGUUGUGCUCAGGUGAGCUAAAAACAUGAACGUUUAUAACAAUGAAAAGGAUUUCAUGGUAAUACGUUAACCUAUAUUUCUUAUAGCAACAGGAUAUAGCAAAAGAGAAAGUAUUUAUUUCAUCGUAUAUGCGGUCGCCUUUUUGAUUGACAUAUUGUUUGCAAGAUUGAAUUUUAUUCAUACCAUAUACGUGUAUUAAUACAAGGUGUAAGUUUAGUAACACAAAUACACAAGACAAUUUUUCAAGCAUCGCUUAAAAGGGCCUUUUCACAGAUUUUGGCAUGUAUUGAAGCUGGUCAUUAAAUGCUUUAUAUUGCUACAUUUAAAAAUUGGGCCUAAAAAUCUCAAGUAAAAAAACAAGAAUACAAUUUUAAAAAGGAAAAAAAGUAAUCCUCAACUGGGCUCGAACCACUGACCCCUGGAGUCUUGGAGUAAAAAGACUCCCGCCUAGACCACUAGACCAUCCAUGCUCAUGCUAUUAGCGGAUGUAUUUUUUACUUACAUAAGCAAUCCUCGUUUCCCAAAAUAUAACGACGACAACAGAACUUUCCAAAUUAUUCAAUCGUUUCGCGUUGCAACGCUUUAUAAUUUUCAGGUUUUCAAAUCGUCAAAAGGUGCAUAUUAUGGAUAUUUUAGAGCAUGGUAAAUGUUUAAUAUUAUUAUUUCCUCACAAAUAUCAUAACGAAAACGAAAAUUUGCGAAUCUGAAACAACUUUUAUUUAUUUUGUCAAUUUACCAAAACGUGAAAAGGCCCCUUUAACUAUUAUUUGCUGCUUUAUAUUAAGUAUGUGAUUGCUCAUCCUCCAGACA